AUGUACCCAAAAGGCUACGAGAGCCUUUCUGAAGAAGAAGAAUAUUUGAGCCAAGACUCCCCACGAAAUCAUGCUAUCCCUUUGAGCGGCCUUUUCGAUAAUAAGGGUCAUGAGAUACAAGUCCUUUCAGAGCUAGAAAAACUUCAAAAACAUGCAUAUCAGGAUUAUGGAACCAUUAAUGAGAGUCAAAGAGCAUUCUGUGUGGAAGAUGAAAUUGAGUGUCCCGCAUUCAACCCUGAGGAUGAUGACAUCAAUCAUCCAACAAUAGCAUCAAUGCUGGACAUGGAUGUAAAAAGCAUCCAUGACCAAAGAUUUGAUGUGUCAACAGUCUGCUACUCAGAUGAGGAAAUCGUGUCUGAUGAUGAGAAAGCUACAUUUACUACCAGAGAAAGUUCAAAGUUCCAUGCAGAAAGAAAUGUGUGGUUUAAGGCAAAUGAAGAAGUUGAGGCCUCACUGCAGCUAAAUGGAAAUACUUGUUCGUCCUUCAAGGAAUGCAUUAACAUCAAAGAUGGUAGAGAAAAAUCCAUGUCAAAGGUUUUUCUCCCUUUCCAACCAUAUAAGGAAGAGUUCCCUUUGGUUGUUGGUAAUGAAAGUGAUACUGAUAUUCUGCAAACUGGUCUUAAACCAACCAAAGACUUAGAAGGUAGUUCAAAUGGAGAUUUCAGGAAGUCAAUGGCUGCGUCUCUGGAGAUGAUUGAAGGCAGAGAAGCAGAACAACUGCACAAAAAUGAAGGGUUUUCUGAGAAUGAGAUGUACUGCAAGUUCAAUAGGAACUCGGUGGCUGGUUUUCUUGAUAAGUUACAAGAGAACAGUUAUUACCCAAAGGGAAGUGGCAAACAGAUUAGUAGAUUGAGAGAAAGAAAACAGUUUGGUGUCAGCAGAAACUUAUCCCCUUCAAGCAGUGAAAAUAUUGAGGAGGAAAGCUUAAUUGAUGACACGCCUUCAGUUGAUGAUAAGCCCAUCCAGCAACAAAAGACUAUGUCAGAUUUAUUUCACGAGGCUUUAGGAGCUUUAUCUCCCAACGAUGUGUUGCCUGAAGUUGAGAAACAUUCAUUAGGAGUUGGACUGCUUGACAAGUUGCAGCAUGUGAUGUUACGAGAAAAGGCAGACGAUGUUGGCUUUUUGGAAAGUUCCGCUACUGAUAAUUUCUCAAAGGAUGAAAAACACUGCCUUGAUGUCAGAAUUUUGUCAAGGUCCCUAGAGGCCAAGCAUAAUGUUUGUUGCUGUGCUAUAAUACCCAGUGAAGAGAGCACCAAAUUGAUGAAUCCGUUGGAUAUGAGAAGGCUAAAUGGAGAACGGACCUUCACUGUUAUCUUUAGCUCAAGAAUCUGUGGUGAUGUAGACCUCGAUGUCGGGAGUGAAAUUUGUAUCCAACCUCCUUGGAAGGAAGUAAGAGUACGGGGGCAAGAUGGUAUCAUCUUAUUAUCAACAUACUUCUCCCACAUUGGUGUUUGA